AUGGCACCCCUCGACGAUGUCCAGGUGGGCGACCUGGUCAACGUCCCCGGCGGCAUGUACGGGACGGUCAAAUACCUGGGAACUGUGGCGGGCAAACCAGGCAAGUUUGCCGGUAUUGAACUCGCCUCGGAGCAUGCCAGGAGGGGAAAGAACAACGGGGAUGUUGAAGGGAAGCGUUACUUCUCCACGUCUAUUCCCGGCUCCGGUAUCUUCGUGCCGAUGAACAACAACAAGUAUGUCACCAAACGUGCUUCCGGGCUGGGCUCGAGCAUAAAUGCCGGCCCUCCCACCCCUUCGCGGCCCGUCAAUUUCAGCAAGUCUAUCGGCCCUGGUACCUCGGUGCGCGCCCCGCGGGUGAGACGCCCGUCCCUCCCCCGGCCCGAAUCACCCAGAGGUCCGCCUUCGUCCAAGUUGAGCCUGGCGGGGUUACGAACCCCGUCCGUGGCAUCGAGAAACGCAUCGACAAAUGGCUUUCCGCGAAGCCCAGUGAAGGCUCCCUCCCGUGCUUCUGACCGACCGCCGUCGCGGUUGAGCACGGAAGACGAGCUCCCAUCGGCCCGUACAUCUGACUACCACCAGUCAUCCGUGGCAGCAGAACUCCAGGAAGUACGGGAGCAGGUUCAGAGCCUGGAAAAGCAGCUGCUGGACCGCGAUCGCCAGCUGGAUGAGCAGGCAGCCACCCUAUCGGAUUUCCAGCGGACCCUGGAAGAGUUGGAGGGAUCCGACUCCCUUUCGAUCCGAGCCCAGUUGCGCGAGAAGAAUGAGAAGAUCGCAGCGCUGACUGCGGAAUUCGACCUGCAUCGGGCAGAUUUUAGAAGCACAUUGGAUACUCUGGAGGUGGCUGCCUCGGAAACGGAGCGAGUUUAUGAGCAACGCCUAGAAGAAUUGAUGCAACAAAAUCGAGAGCUGGAGGAGCGCGGCGAGGAUGUUGAAACCGUCGCAAGGCAGCUUAAACAACUCGAGGAGCUAGUCUCCGAGCUUGAAGAGGGUCUGGAGGACGCACGGCGGGGAGAAGCCGAAGCCAGAGCAGAGGUGGAGUUUCUGCGGGGCGAGGUCGAGCGAACGAAGCUGGAACUCCAAAAGGAACGUGACUCGAAGGAGUCUCCAGCCGGAACCGACGGACAGUACCACCUGAGAGAAUUAGAACAGAAAGACGACGAGAUCCGUGGCCUUAAGGCUAUCAUUCACUCGCUCAGCCGUGGUGAUCCCGAUUUGCAUGCAAUCCAACAGAAAAGCAUCGGCACAAGCCCACAGCCCGACCAUCAACCCGACCACCAGCCAGAACAUGUCCCUCACCUCGAGCAACAACCAGAGGGGUUUGAGCACAUUCCGGAACGGAAGAACUACCGCAUCGAAGAACUCGAACGCGAACUCCAGCAGAUGCAGAUCAACGGUGGUGGUCGCACGCGCAGCUCUACCUCCACCAGCACCAGUGGGUCAAAUCUCACUAAUGGGAAUGUGAUCAAUCAUGCACACCGUCUAUCAGAUCGCACGCAUGAAGGGCAAUACCAGGCCUACUCUGUACGCCACCGCGCCAUGUCAGAUGCUUCCCAUCAUCGCCUAGAGACGAUGCACGAGUCAGAUGCUCGCUCGGAGGACGGUGGCUCAUUAUGGUGUGAGAUUUGUGAGACAGGCGGUCAUGACAUCCUGAGCUGCACAAACAUGUUUGGUGCCGAGAACAAGGAGAAGACUCCUGAGCCUGAAGAGCCUCUUCACGAUGACAGCUCCCUAGAUGAAAAGCCUACCCCUGAAACGUCUACGGCGGAGCCCUCCACAUCUUCAACUCCCGAGGAGAGCACAACGCCUCAGAAGACCGGACGUGAUGCCGUUCUGGAGGGUCUCAGGGGAGUAGGUUUGACAUCAUCCAUGGCCCCCGUUGCGGGGAAAGCGAGCGGUGUGAUUGACGAGUCUAAGUGGUGUGCUCUCUGCGGCUGUACGAUCUCGCCCUCGGCGAACUUGGUCUGCGCGACAGUCCCACAGGCCUUGCAGGUCCGCUUCUGCUCGUCGGCCCCAAACUCGUUGACCACCUCCUUCACCUGCGUGCCCAGGUCCGUGCAGAUGAACCGCUUCUCCCAGACGAUCUCCCCGCAGCCGCGGCAGUACCAGCGCAUGCUGUCGACCGCGUCCUUGGCGCGCGGCUGCUCCAUCACCACGCCGACCGUGUCCCGGAACCGCACGGGGCAGUGCGGCGCACGAAAUUCUGAUCGCCUCGAGGCUUUUUUGAAUCAACCGACGGCGUUCUCGAGGAAAUUCCCCCUCAUCCCUCCGGACACAAUGGCGUCGACUUCUCAGCCCCCGAUCCGGCUUACCUCCCACAAGAACUUCGUCUAUCGCUUGGUCUUCUCCACGUUGACUGGCCGGACCGUCCACAUCUCACAAAUCCGUCCUUCGUCCCCGACGAAUCCCGGUCUCGCGCCGCAUGAAAUCUCUUUCCUUCGUCUCCUCGACGCCGUCACCAAUGGCUCGCAGAUGGAAAUCUCCUACACGGGUACGAUCGUCGUGUACAAGCCAGGCCUGAUCACCGGCAGCGCUACGGGCACCGGCGCCAGUGGAGGCGCGCCGAUCAAGGUGACAUUCACGGGUCCCGGCGUGAUCACCUCGGCCACCCCGACGGGCGACAUGUCCGUCGACAGUGUGCGCACGGCCAUUCUCCCUCUCUUCAACCAAUUCGGCAUCUUCAACAACAUCGAGCUGCGCAUCCUCAAGCGAUCCAACCCGGGCCCCAACGGUCGCGGCGGCGGUGGGGAAGUCCAGUUUGUGUUCGGCCACCAGCUGCGACUCCCGAAAACUCUGCACCUGAUGAACCCCGGUCGGAUCAAGCGGGUGCGUGGUGUGGCCUACGCGGUGGGUGUCUCGGCGUCCAACAAUGCCCGGAUGAUCGAAACCGCCCGUGGCAUCCUCAACCCUCUGGUGCCCGACACCUACGUCUUCUCUGAUGUGUCGUCGGCGCCCUUCGUGCCUGCGCCGGAGAAGAGCAACCCGUCCGGAAAGAAGAAGAUCGGCCUUGGCUUUGGCCUGUCCCUGGUCGCUGAGUCGUCGACGGGGUGCCUGUUCUCCGCCGAUGUGGCAUCGCCGCCCUCCGGUGGUGAGGCGCCUGAGGACAUUGGGAAGCGAUGUGCCUACCAGCUGCUGGAGACCGUCUCCAAGGGUGGCUGCGUUGCCCCUGCAGCCGUGCCGGUCAUGCUUGGUCUGAUGACCAUGGGAUCGGAGGACGUGGGUCGUAUCCAAGUCGGCCGGGAGGUGAUGGCUGACGAGAGCACCAUCCAACUGGCCAGGGACCUGGCCAAAUUCGGGGCCCCGGGCUGGGGUCUUCGCGAUGCGAGUGGUGAGAACGAGAAUGGAGACGUGAUCAUCAGCGUCGUUGGCCGCGGCAUUGGCAACGUUGGGCGCAAGGUCGCUUGA